AUAAGCGAAAAAUGCAAUUAAAUGUGAGUAUCCUCGCGAGCCGCGAGGUCCCAUUGCGCCAAAGGCGCAAUACUCUCUAAGUUACUUCUUAGCGAACCCUAGCGAGCGUCAGAUCUUUUGCGAGCGAAGCGAGCACUACAUUGCACCGAAGGGGCAACACUUUCCAUACCCACGUAGAUGGUUGACAUUCGAUGGUUGAUGGGUUGAUGAGUAGAUGAUUGGUCUGGUUUGAGGCGAGGUCGUCUUAUAAAUUGUUCAUUUUCCCUCUCAGAGAUAUGCAGUUUUGGGUUUACCUCGAAAGGUGAGGAGCAACGCAAACAAAGCCAAUUCUGCCAUGCCACUCGACGGCAGCGGCAUCAAGCCGACGCUCAAAGCUGAUCCAGCGGCAAUGGCGCAGUUGAGGGAGCUUUUCCCGUUUGUGGCUGAGCAUCAGCUGGAAUCAACAUUGGAAGCGGCUUCCAACGAUAUAGCGCAGGCAGUAGCGAUGCUGUGUAGCGCAGAUAUGAUCUCCAUGCAGAGCAUCGAAAAGCCGGGAGCAUCCCCGACGGCCGUAAAUGGUUCACGGGGAAUUCAUUCACCGACCACAUCCGUCAGUCCAAACUCGAGCCAGCCUUCCAGCGUGUUUGGCGCUUCCGCCGAAUACCAGCUAUUAUCGUCACUGUUUCCCUCCCUAUCCGUGUCGGCGUUGGAAGAGGCGUACUCCAACGCAGGAAACAACAUGGAAACAGCCGUAGAUCAGCUGUUGGCCGCCGAUAGCGAGUCAUCCGACGACAGUGCAUCUGGCCUCUCUGGCUCUGAAUCAUGCGCCGACUCUGCCAGCAGCAAACCUUACGACGAUGCCUCCUCUACAUCUUCCUCCAUGACCCGGAGCAGUCGAAGCACAACUGGAUCCAGGGGAGCUGAAGAGACGACCCAUCCACGUGGAAGCUCCCAACCCCCGCGAUACGCUGAGAGCAUGGAGGCAUUGACGGCCAUGUUUCCGUCCCACACGCACAAAACCAUCACUUCGGCUCUAAAGACACAUUAUGGGGAUGUAGACCGCGCCACCACCUCACUCGCCAAGCUCAUGCUGGACGAAACUGGAGCGAGUCAAACGUGUGAUGAUGGCUCUGAUUCAGCCCUUGCCGUUCUCGUCGACGUGUUCCCAAAUCAUAACGUCGAUAUUUUGAAACGGACCCUGAGACGCACGGGUGGGGUGGACGCCGCGGUCGUUGCGUUAUCGGGUGGGCCUGAUAAAGAGACGAAAGCUGCUUGGAGUGGGAAAGGCUCGUUGUUUGUGGACACGGAAGAUGGAGAUGUGGCUGGAACCCCACGGAAAAGUGGGAAGAAGGGGAAUGGAAGUUGGAAUACGAAAACGAGCCUAGGGGAGAACAAAAUAUGGACAUUAUCCAUGACUGGGGCCUCUGUUGCGUCGAGUCCGCGGUUCUCGGGGCCGCCCGCUGUUGAGUCGCCGAAACCCGGACUCCUCUCACCCCAAACUCCAACCAACAAGCACGCAACAACAUGGCAAGACCCCAAAGAACUUCGCCAGAUGGCGCACGAGGUUCGCGAUAGCCGCAACGAGUUGUUCCGCCGGGCUGCCACCGCCUUCCGCAAAGGCAAUCUCACGGGCAAAGGCUCUGCCGCUUACUACAGCGACGAAGGACGCAUUCUUACGGCUCAGAUUGCGAGGUGGAAUGAGCAGGCUGCCAAGUCGAUUAUUGAGCGGAAUAACGCCCGCUUCCCGCACGACCCCAACACGAUCGACUUACACGAACUCACCGUCCGCGAAGCAGUCGCCUACGCCCUCGAAGCCGUCAACGCCUGGCACGCCCGCCCAAACACAUCUUCCUCGCGCCCGCUGAAAAUCAUCGCUGGCGCAGGCACGCAUUCCUCUGACGGCGUCCGCAAGGUUUAUCCAGCAGUAGUGAGAGCGCUGAGAGCGAAGGGGUGGAAGGUGUCGGAGGAGGGUGCGGGGUGGUUUUUGGUUAGGGAUCGGUGAGGGUCUCUUAUCGAUUCGACCAGCCCACUCUUCCUCCUGGAAUCUUUUUUGGCCCGCGACUCUCGGCUUUCACUUGAGCGACUACCCUCACCGUAGCACACCUUCGCGCGUGCCAUACACCGACGUAGAUAUUUUGGUCCUCAUCCUGCUGUCUCGUGUAGACUGUAGACACCCUUCCGACGCCGCCUUUUGUGUUUGGAACUGCCACUUUGUAGAUAUGAACUUUAUUUGCACAGUCUGAAUAUACCCUUCAAUACUUCUGGAAU